GGUCGCCCCCUUCAAUUAUCUAUGAAGCGCGGGACUCGUGUUACCUUUUGCCCAAAGUUAUUUCCAGGCAUUAAUACCAAGCCACCAGCAGAUGUCACACGCUAGUCAACACGCUUUACUCACACCCCGCCCCUUAAAACGCCCCUUGCUUACCUCAUUAGAGACGUAGCCAGUCUCAGAGAUGGCGGAAGUUCGGAAACGUCAGCGUGUGCGGGUUAAAGGAAAAGGUCUGUCUAAAGCCUCUUCAGAGAAGGAUGAGGACUCGGGGAUGGCGGCCGAGACGCUGACAGUGUGCUUUAAGCUGGUCGCGGCGGCUUUUUAUGGAUUCAGUUCGUUUCUCAUCGUGGUGGUGAAUAAAAGCGUCCUCACCAACUACAGAUUCCCAUCUUCAAUAUGUGUGGGGCUGGGACAAAUGCUUGCUACUGUCGUUGUGUUGUGGGCAGGAAAGGCACUCAGGGUAAUCAGCUUUCCUGACUUUGAUAAGAAUAUACCUCGAAAGACAUUUCCUCUACCUCUCCUUUAUGUGGGGAACCAAAUAACUGGACUGUUUGGCACAAAAAGACUAAACUUACCAAUGUUCACAGUCCUGCGACGAUUCUCCAUUUUGUUUACAAUGUUUGCUGAGAGCCUCUUGUUAAAAAAAAAAUUCUCUAGACCAGUCCAGUUGACUGUAUUCACCAUGAUACUUGGAGCCUUUGUAGCUGCUAGCUCUGACUUGGCCUUUGACCUCGAAGGAUACAUUUUUAUCCUGUUCAAUGACGUGCUGACAGCUGCAAACGGAGCAUAUGUAAAACAGAAACUAGACUCCAAGGAGCUGGGAAAGUAUGGUCUGCUGUAUUACAACGCCCUUUUUAUGCUUCUUCCAACACUGGCCUUUGCGUAUGUCUCUGGGGACCUGCACAAGACCAUGGAAUAUGAGCACUGGUCGGAUAUGAUGUUUGCCUUCCAGUUUGGUCUGUCCUGCAUAAUGGGGUUCAUUUUGAUGUAUUCCACAGUUCUUUGUACACAGUACAAUUCUGCACUGACCACCACCAUUGUUGGUUGCAUAAAGAAUAUAGUGGUAACCUAUAUUGGCAUGGUAUUCGGAGGAGACUACAUUUUUACAUGGACAAAUUUUGUUGGCUUGAACAUCAGCAUUGCUGGAAGUCUGGUUUACUCAUACAUCACCUUUACAGAGGAACAAUCCAGUAAGCAGAAUGAGAGCCCAAGCAAAAUGGAAAUGAAAGGAAGGGUGGUGGUGUGAAAAAAAAAUAACAAAAAACACAAUAGACUGCUGCUUCAGAGUCUUCAGAGCAUUAUACGGCAAAUCUGCAGGAUCAGAAAGUGAUGGGAAUGUAAGCACCACAAGGCUCACCUUCAGGCCUGUAUCACACAGCAGUCUAAAUUUCCUUGUGAGUCCAGCACCGUAUCAGUGAGAAAAUUGUUUUGAGGUGUCUGUCUUUGCCUUAUGGAAUGAGAGCCUGUUGUUGAGACUGUGAAUAUUCCAGAUUUUAUUGUUUUUACAUUUAAUGAUGUAGCUGAUGUUUUAAAGGGGCUCUUUUUUUAAGAGUGCAGUGAUGCUCUGAGUUGUAGCAGACACUGUUUUUAAAGUUUCGUAUGACAGAAAGCACAGUACCACCAGCUUUUGCUAAGUGCAAAGGCCUUAAACUUCAUUAUCCAUUGCAGUGUUCCUAAAUGAGGUACUAUAGUACCAUCGGUAAUUUUAAUACAUCUGUUUUUUAAAUAGGCAUUUCCAGACAGAAUUCAGCUUUGGCAAAAUUCAGACCCACAUUUCAUUUUCAAAUACCUGACCAGGAACAUCAUUCCAUUUAGCUUAUAAACUUUAAUUUAAACAAAAUUCCCAGAAGUUUCAUUUAUAAGAAACUAGCCGAAGCCCGCCGUAGCAUAUGGCGG